UCAGCAUUUAAAUUGUUGUAUAGUAUUAUGUUCAAAAUUAUUGAAUGUAAAAAAUUUAUAUUAUUUUAGCCAUUCGGUACACCGAUAUCAUUAUCAAGUAAAUGUUUACAGUUGUAUACUAUAAUGAAAUUUAAAAACGCUGAUAGUAUAAGCCUGACUUCUUGGUUUAUUUCUGCAUAUACAAAUGGAGCUAGGAUUUAUACAGUAUCAAUGGAUUCAGCAGAUAAAAUAAUGCUCACUAAUUUUUGCCUAAAUACUUCUUUAAGCACCAGCAUAUUAUUAGCAAGUGUAUAUUAUAAACAAACUUCAGCAAAACAUAUUUCAUAAAAAAUGUUUGCCUACCUACAUAAUAUUUACUACAUUUAACAAUUUAUUUGGUA